AUGUCUUCGGGCCAACCCGCCGCCACCAUCGCCGCCACCUCCGAGACGCUGCCGGCCUGCACCGCCGCCUCGCACUUGCCACCGCGUUUGCCGCCGCCCUCCACGGGAGCCGCGGUGCCCAUGGCGGAGGCCGCCGACGCUGCUCCCCUCCUCUCGCAGCAGGAGUUCUCGACGGCCAUCCGCGACCUCGCCACCGCGGUACAGGGCAUCCGCCUGUAUUUGAUCGGCAUGCAGGGGAUGACCUCGCCAUCCCUGCCACCACCCCUCACCGCCUACCCGGCCGUGUCGGCGGUUCCCCCCGCCCAGGGCAUGCCCGUGCCGCCCUCGGCCUCGCCGCCUCCGCCGCCGUGGGCGUCGUGGCAGCCGGGUCCCAGCGCCGGCCCGCCUCACUGCCCCACCCAUCCAACGGGUGCCGUUUCCGCCUUCGCCCUCCCGGCUACCGGUGUGGGUGACUGCGACGGAGCCCCCACCCGUUGA